AUGGCCGAGAAACCAAUCUACACGAAUAUGGAACAGGGCGAAGUUCAAACGAAAAGGCAGAGAACAUGUAAACAUCACCAAGGGAGACAACUCGAGUUCUAUUGCAGGAGUUGCAAUGAUCUUUGUUGUGAUAAAUGUUUUUCGAGUGGCCACAACAAGGAACAUUCCAUUUGUGAACUUGGUGAAAUAAUUCCUGAAAGAAAGAGAGACAUUCAAAAUUUUAUAGAAAAGACGGAGAGAAAUGAACUGGUGUUAGUUCAUGAAUAUAUCGCCUCAACUGAGACCCAACUCAAAGACAACGCAAGUACUUUUGAACUUCUUGCUUCAGAGCUGAAAACACAAACGAUCAAAUUGAAGGAAGAGCUGGAUCUGCUUUCGGCACAGACGCUCUCUGUCUAUAGUCAGAUGGAGGCAGAAAAUACCAGACUCUUACAAACUUACAGACAAGACCUGGAGAUCUACGAGGAGCAGCUGAAGCAACAGAUGCAGGAAUGCAAGACAUUGCUUGCUAAUGGAACACAUGUUGAAAUAUACUAUCUCGGAUGCAAGACUCAAUAUGAUGAGGUCCUUCCUUUGAAACCUAUCCUUCGUUCUGCAAGCUUCACGGCGAAUCCAAAUCCCUUGAAAUACUUGAAACAGGCUUUGGGUGACGGGAUCUUGAGUCAGGAUACAUCAGCAGGGUCGACAUCCGAUCUUGCAGAUCAGAUGGGUCAAGGUUUGAGCGAAAGUGGCGAAUCUAUGUUCAGUGAUCUUCCCAAAUCAGAAUUUUUGUCACAUGCAAUGGUGGUUAAGAAGUUCAAAUCUGCACGAUUGAUAUCUUCUAUUUGUCACACUAGUGACGGUCAGGUGUGGAAUAGUUAUUUCAACAGUGGUUCUUUGGCAUUGAUGGACACUGCUGGAGUCAUGAAAGGCUUCCUACGACACAAUGUUAACAUAAGAGACAUCAGUGUGUCGCCUGCAACAGAUGCUCUUUGGACCUGUCAAACACAUGACAAACGAAUCAUGGAGCUUGUGCCAUCGGGGAUCCUGGAGAAAAGAUUUGAGACCAAGAAGGCACCCAUGUGUCUUUGUGUUACAGCCAGUAACCAUGUGAUUGUUGGUAUGGCGAAACACAUCUCGAAAUUAACCACUAAAGGUAAAGUAGUACUCACCACACUAACGGCAAGAACCAAGAAACCGUUAGUGAGUACGCCAUUGAGAAUCUCCGAGUGUCCUGUUACAAAUAAUGUGGCAGUGAUUGAUGAGGACUUAAAAGAUCAUGGCGGCGAAGGCAAACGGAAUGUUGUCGUUAUGGACACUGAUUUUCGAGAACUUUUUCGGUACCGAGGAGAGAUACCGACCGACUACCAACAGACGACCGUGUCAGAAUCUGACAUAUUCAUUUGUUAUGGUAUUGCGUUUGACAGGCGUGGAAACAUCGUCAUCGCUGAUCACUGCAACAAUAGAAUUCUUCUUCUGAAUGGACAGGGGGAAUUUCUCAGGAUUUUACACACAGACAAGUAUAACACAUGGGCUGUCAGUGUGAACAGAUCAAAUGUUGUAUCCGCAGUUUUUAACCGUGAUCGCGUCCGGUUAUUUCAGUUAUGA